AUAAAUUACAUAUAAAAAAAUAUAUACAUCCUUUAACACUAAAUAAAAAUAUACAUUUAAAAGUACACCAUAAAUGAAAAUUAUAGAGGAAAACAAAUUUACAUAUCAAAAACCACAAUAUAAUAAUAUAAUUCCUGAAAGUAAUCAAUCAUUCAUCAUUUAUGGAUCAAAGGUCAUCCGCUGAUCAAAAAAAGCCAACAUUAGAGGAUUUUAUCAUAGAUAUGGAAACGCGACCUCCAGACAAUGAAGAUACUACGGAUGUCUGGGCUCAGUUACAACAAAAAGAAGCAGAUUUAUUGCUAGCUGCUGAGUUAGGAAAAGCUUUAUUAGAAAAAAACGAGGAUCUCAAAAAACAACUGGACAAAACGAUUGAAGACUACAAUGCGAAAAUUGAGAAAUUGGAACAAGAUAAACAUGUUCUACGAAGACAAUUAGAGGUAUCAGCCAGUGAAAAUGAUUCACAUUGUAGCGAAUUGCAAGCUGAUAUCUCUGAAAUGAAAACUAAACUUGAAUCACAAGAGGCCUUAUUAAAACAAUGUGAACGUGAAAAAAAUGCCUUAAUUGAGGAGUUGACUGCACAAAACUCUCGACUCUCUCAAGAACUGCAAAAAUCAAAUACUAUCGAAAUGCAACUACAAACACAAUUACAAGAGUUUAAGGAACAGUGUAGCAGACGAAAUAUGAGUAUUCAAGAUCAUGUAAAUAGUUUAGACAGUCUCAAGAGCGAGCUAAAAAUGAUUUUGGAGAAAAAGAAUGAAUUGGAACACCGAUUACAAAUCAGUGCAGCUGAAAAAGAAACUUUACAAACACUUCUCUCGGAAGCAUCUGAUCGUAUUCACACUCUUGAACGUGGAAAUCGUGAGCAAGAAACUAAAUACAAAAUAACGAUUCAGACGUUAGAUCGAUUAGAACGAGAAAAUGGGACACUGAGUGAAAGGUUGGAAUCCUUUGAUUCACAACGGUCUAACACAGAUCAUCAAUCGUUAUUACAUGAAAUGGGCUGUGAUGACUUAGUUGAUGAAAAUAGCACACCUUUGUUGCUGAAAGAAGCUUUCACUGUUUUCAAACAGUUAAAAACUCUUUGUCAAACUCUGAAAAGUGGUCACGAUGAUGACUCAGGAUUGCAUUCGGACAUUUCAAUGGAUGGUUCAUCACUCGAAACUACAACGCCAUCUCAACCAUCAGAUUCCAAUAAUGACACUAAAUUCAAACGAGGAAUGUUAUCUUCAAUUACAGACGACUUGGUCCAUACUAUCAUGAAUUUGGACGCUAUACAAUUUAAAAGUAUGUUUGAACAGACACGUAAUGUUGUUUUGGAGCAGGAAGAAGAGUUGAAAAGACGACAAAAUCGGGUUAUGGAGCUUGAAAGCAAAUUAUCUGUAAGUGAAAUUGAGCUGGCAAGUGCAAAGGAAGAAAGAAAUAGGGCCAGGAAUGAUGCUUCAAACUCAACAUUAGCUCAAGAUGAAGUAGUUUCUCAAGCCCGACAAGACAGAGAUCAGGCUAUAGAAAGGAGAACUAAGGCUGAGAUUGAAUUAGCUAAAACAAGAGUUGAACUUAUGCAAGCCAAUGGUCAGCUUCUUGAAGCUAUUCAGCAAAAGGUUGAGCUUUUGCAACAAUUGGAACAAUGGCAAAUUGAUAUGCAUGAAUUAAUUGAAGAACAAAUGAGAAAUAAAUUAAACGAUAGUGCAUUACAAAACGUAAAACAACAACAAUCACCUCAACGGCCUAUACGACGUAGUCGGCUUUUAGACUUCCUUUACAGAUAAAAGUGUAUAAUCUUCCCACAAAAUUACCUAAUACAGAAGAGCAAAUAUUAAAAAAAAGAAUAUGUGUAACAUUUUUUCUUUUAAUGUUUUCGAUUAUUUUGUUUUGCAACAUCUGAAUGUCGUCAUCAACAAUAUUUUUCACAGCAAUUAGAUACCUAAAUCAAAGAAGCCUUGAAAAAUGAUUUUUCAAAUAUAAUUUAUUAUAUGUGAAAAUAUUUAUUAAGAUAUGUUACUGUAAAUAUAUAUUAAAAAUUUUGUAAAUAAAAACUAAUUAAGACCUCCUAAACUAAUUAAGUCAUUCUAAAGUUAUAGACCACCACAGUGGCCUCUUUGAUCCAACCACAAAACUGUAUAACACAACAGUCUGGUAAAGAUAUAAUUUAUUUUUUAUUGAUAAGUAUUUAUUAAUUUUAAUAAAUAAUUUUUUUAAAAAAGCUUUUCUU